AUGGCGGACCAAAACAAUGACCAUCUGGUCCACUCUGACGAUCCAGAUCACCCUGCGAAUCUGAUUCCCAGUCUCUGCAAACAGUUCUACUCCCUCGGAUGGGUCACUGGAACUGGAGGCGGCACAAGCAUUCGUAAGGAUGAACACGUCUACAUUGCCCCGUCGGGCGUACAGAAAGAGCUCAUGAGACCUGAGAACAUGUUUGUCCUUUCAUAUCCGACUCCCAAAUAUCCUCCAUCUGCACGACAAUACAUUCGAAAACCCUUAGAUCUGAAGCCAUCGGCAUGCACGCCCUUGUUUCUUGCCGCUUUUGAACGUGGCGCCGGCUGUUGUAUUCACACGCAUUCUCAAUGGGCCGUUUUGGUCACUUUGCUCGUCGAGAAGUUUCAUGGCAAGGAGGCUUGUUUCGAAAUCAGCAACAUCGAGCAAAUCAAAGGUAUCCCAAAGGGCCCAGGGAAAGGCAUGCAUGGUUUCCAUGAUACUUUGCGGGUGCCGAUCAUCGAGAAUACCCCUUUCGAAGAGGAUUUGACGGAGAGUUUGGAGAAAGCUAUGGAGCAAUUCCCGGACACAUACGCCGUGUUAGUACGACGACACGGAAUAUACGUGUGGGGUAGCAACGUCGCCAAAGCCAAAACGCAGUGCGAGAGUUUGGAUUACCUUUUCCAGCUUGCUGUAGAAAUGCACAAGCUUGGGUUGCCAUGGACGCCGAGGGGAUGA